UUUAAUUUAAUUAAAGUGUUAAUGCAUUUCAUUUGUUUACAAAUAUAUCAAACAAUUUUUGAAUUAAUAUUUUUUUGAAUCAAAUAAAUAAUUAGUUUAUCAUUAAUUCAAUUCAUUUGUGUCGACAAUGAGUGCCGUAAUCGAUAAAGAAGUGGUCAAAACUGUUGAUGAAACUAAUAUAUCUCAAGAAAUGAGACGAAAUAUGAGUUACAAUGCGAUCAUAACUCCCGGCGAGGCCUCGGAAUCGGAUGAAGACGAGGAACAAAAUGAAGACGAAGACCGUAUUGUCUCUUUUGCCGAUCAAAUAACCACAAGAAGUCGGAAGAUCUCCGAAAUGAGUCAGUCUCAAAGAUCUCGUUUUUCAGACGACAGUUCAUCCAUUGGAGACACAACUAAAUACAAUACAUUAUUACACAAAAAACUAAGAGAGAAAAACGAACAGCUCAAGAGAGAGCUGACAUCCCUGGCCUGCGGACCAUUUAAUAUGGCGACCAAAGAAGUCGGAUCUAUAUCUAAACAAUUAAUACAAUCUCAGAAAUUAGUCCAAAACGUGUCGUCUUCUCUGAGAAAAGUAUCAAAAGAGUUGAUACAUUUAGAGGAUACCAUCGCUGCCAUCAAGAAUGAUAAGAACUUUUUACUCAAAGAAUUUAUUAUUACCGGUAAUUCAAGUGUUGAUGAAUCCAAAGAAAGUGAAUCCAAUGAUACAAUGGUUACAAAUGUUUCAUAACAGAGAUUCAUUUGUUUUCAUAUUUUGAGAUUUAUUAUAAAUUUUAAUGACAAUCAAUUAUAUGCAGCAAUAAAUGUUAUUUCUAACACUAUUUAUUAUUUUGAGACAUUUUGUAAUUUGAGAUUAAUUUGAGAUUUGCUCCUAACUAGUCUGUCUAAAUAUGAUAUAAGUUAUAACAUAUGCCGUAAUAUAUUUUUAUUUUAAUUGUAUAUAAAUUGUUUGAAUAAAAAUUAUUUUUACUUUUAAAAAAUAA